ACACACACACACUGCUGAACACACCACCGAACACACUCAGAUAUGCCAAAAUGGAGUGAGGAUGAUUUUGUGGUCCUCUCACUUCUUGAAAGUAGAAAAAGGAAAUAUUGGGUUCAUCCAAACCUGAGAAGGCACCAAGAGCAACGGAAGUCUCACUAGCUGAUGAAGGAGCUGUGGAAUUAUCCUGAUCAUUUCAAGAAUGUCCAUCACUAAGAUUCAGGCACGUGAGAUCCUCGACUCUAGGGGAAAUCCCACUGUGGAGGUCGAUCUUUUCACAGCCAAAGGUCUCUUUAGAGCUGCUGUUCCCAGUGGAGCCUCUACUGGUGUUCAUGAGGCUUUGGAGCUCCGAGAUGGAGACAAGACCCGCUACCUGGGCAAAGGUACUCAGAAGGCUGUAGAUAAUGUCAAUAAGGACAUUGGUCCCAAACUGAUUGAGAAGAAAUUCAGUGUAGUCGAGCAGGAGAAGAUUGAUAAAUUCAUGCUGGAACUUGAUGGAACUGAGAACAAAUCUAAGUUUGGUGCGAAUGCGAUUCUUGGUGUGUCUCUGGCAGUGUGUAAGGCAGGAGCAGCAGAGAAAGGAGUUCCACUUUUCAGACACAUCGCUGACCUCGCAGGAAACAAGAAUGUUAUCCUGCCUGUACCUGCAUUUAAUGUGAUUAACGGAGGUUCUCAUGCUGGGAACAAGCUGGCCAUGCAGGAGUUCAUGAUCCUGCCAGUGGGAGCGAACAGUUUCAGCGAGGCGAUGCGAAUUGGUGCUGAAGUUUAUCACAACCUGAAAAACGUCAUUAAAGCCAAAUACGGAAAGGACGCUACCAAUGUGGGGGAUGAGGGAGGGUUUGCCCCCGACAUCCUGGAGAAUAAUGAGGCAUUGGAGCUGUUAAAGUCUGCUAUACAGAAGGCAGGUUAUCCAGAUAAGAUCAUCAUCGGGAUGGAUGUUGCAGCGUCAGAAUUCCACAAAGCCGGAAAAUACGAUCUGGACUUUAAAUCUCCAGAUGACCCAAAACGCUAUAUCACGGGGACAGAACUGGGAGAUCUGUACAAGAGCUUCAUUAAGAAUUACCCAGUGAUGUCCAUCGAGGACCCGUUCGAUCAGGACGACUGGCAGAACUGGACGGAGUUCACUGCUUCAGUGGACAUCCAGGUUGUAGGAGACGACCUGACGGUGACGAACCCCAAACGCAUCCAACAGGCCGUGGAGAAAAAAGCCUGCAACUGUCUGCUGCUCAAAGUGAAUCAGAUCGGCUCGGUGACCGAGUCUAUACAGGCUUGUAAGCUUGCACAGUCUAAUGGGUGGGGUGUGAUGGUGAGUCAUCGCUCUGGUGAGACUGAGGACACAUUCAUCGCUGACCUCGUUGUUGGGUUAUGCACAGGACAGAUUAAGACUGGUGCCCCUUGCAGGUCAGAACGCUUGGCCAAGUACAACCAGCUUCUGAGAAUCGAGGAGGAGCUCGGAGACCAUGCCAAGUAUGCUGGUCGAGACUUCCGUCAUCCCAAAGUGAAUUAAACUGGGGUCCUACAAUAUGCUCACGACAUCUCUCUCUUUCUCUCACUCUCUCACACACACACACUGACAGAGACUGUACUGGUUCCUGAUAAGACGGCAUCAUCUCAUCUCAUUAUCUGUAGCCGCUUUAUCCUGUCCGACAGGGUCGCAGGCAAGCUGGAGCCUAUCCCAGCUGACUACGGGCGAAAGGCGGGGUACACCCUGGACAAGUCGCCAGGUCAUCACAGGGCUGACACAUAGACACAGACAACCAUUCACACUCACAUUCACACCUACGGUCAAUUUAGAGUCACCAGUUAACCUAAUCUGCAUGUCUUUGGACUGUGGGGGAAACCGGAGCACCCGGAGGAAACCCCCACGGACAACAUGCAAACUCCGCACAGAUAGGCCCUCACCGGCCACAGGGCUCGAACCCGGACCUUCUUGCUGUGAGGCAAGAGCACUAACCACUACACCACCAUGCCGCCCCUAAGACAGCAUCACUGUUAUCAAAAUUAGUUUCACAUUUUGAAAUAAAAAUUGAGCAAUGA